UGCUGAACUGGCGAUCGAACAAGUUGGUUAUUUUUCUCUUGCCGGCACUUUUUUUAUUCUGACUUUCUGCUUCCAUAUAAAGUUGGUGAAGGAUUCGGGUAAGCAGAUCGGAGUGAGCCAGAGCGAAAGAAUGACAAGCUUCGUAAAUAUACCAGAGGGAAGUGAUUUUCCACUCGAAAAUCUGCCAUAUGGCGUAUUCUCAACAAAGUCGAAUCUCCGCAAACGCAUUGGUGUAGCCAUCGGUCAACAUGUGCUCGAUCUUGCCGGCGUAGCGCAAUUUUAUCCACCUAAUGUGCAGGACGCACUCAACUCGGAUUCGUUGAAUUUGUUGAUGAGUCUAGGCCACUCAGCAUGGAAUGCAGUGCGUACGCGCACCCGCGAAUUGUUGCUUAAGGGUUCCGUGUUGGAGGAAAAUGCAGUACUUGCACAAAACGUCGUCAUUCCGCAAGCGGAGUGCGAACUGCAUUUACCCGCCAAUAUCGGAGACUACACUGAUUUCUAUUCAUCCAUUCACCAUGCCACCAAUGUGGGCAUAAUGUUCCGUGGCAAGGAAAACGCAUUGAUGCCGAAUUGGCGUUACCUUCCGGUUGGUUACCAUGGGCGAGCCAGCUCUGUCGUAGUGUCCGGUACACCGAUUCGACGACCAUUAGGACAAACUGUACCUGUAGAUGGCCAACCACCUGUGUUCGGUGCCUGCAAACUCUUGGACUUUGAGUUGGAAGUAGCCUUCUUUAUAGGUGGGCCAGGCAAUCAACUGGGCGAAAGAAUUUCAGCAGAAAGUGCUUGGAAGAAUGUGUUUGGUUUUACGUUAAUGAAUGAUUGGAGUGCGCGCGACAUACAGAAAUGGGAAUACGUGCCAUUGGGUCCGUUCACAGCCAAAAACUUAGGUACCACAAUAUCGCCAUGGGUUGUGCCUGUCGCUGCACUGGAACCCUUUUUGGUAGAUAACUUUCCGCAAGAACCAGAAGUUCUUCCUUAUCUGAAGCAUGAGCGUCCCUUCAACUUUGACAUAAAUUUAGAGGUUUCAUUGAAACCCGAAGGCGCUGCUGAGACGGUGAUCAGCAAAUCGAACUACAAAUAUUUGUACUGGACAGCGUUACAACAGAUUGCGCACCACACCGUCACUGGUUGUAAUGUGCGUCCGGGCGACUUGAUGGCAUCUGGUACAAUAAGCGGUGAGACAGAGGACUCAUACGGAUCGAUGUUGGAGCUAAGUUGGCGCGGCUCGAAGACAAUUAGUUUGAAUGGUGGCGCCACACGAAAAUUUCUGCAAGACGGAGACGAGCUCAUUAUUCGCGGCCACUGCGAACGAAAUGGUGUAAGGAUUGGAUUUGGUGAAUGCGCUGGAAAAGUCUUACCCGCCACUCCACUUUAAAGAGUAAAGCUUGUCUAUAAUUAAUGCUGUGCCUUAAUUAAUAGUAAAUAAUUUUUAA